AUGCGCCGUGUUGUCGUGACAGGCUUGGGUGCGGUGACUCCGCUUGGUGUUGGUCUGCGCCGAACAUGGAAGCGAUUGCUGGACGGCCACUGCGGCAUCGUCAAUGUUAAUGAUCGCGAUGAGCGCUUCAAGGAAGUCCCUUGUCAGAUUGCCGCUGUCGUACCCAAGGGCCGUCGCAAGGAUGGCGGGUGGAUGGCAGAGGAGUGGUUGAGUCGAGGAGAGGAGCGCAAGAUGGCUCUUUUCGCGCAAUACGCCAUGGCUGCUACGGAAGAAGCCUUGGAAGAUGCUGGCUGGAAGCCGGAGCCCCUUGAGCAGCGAGAAGCGACGGGCGUUUGUCUAGGGUCCGGAAUCGGUAAUUUCGAUGAGAUGUAUAAUACUGUCGUUGCAUAUGACAAAGGGGGUUACAAAAAAGUCAACCCCCUCUUCGUCCCUAAGCUGUUGAUCAACCUGGGCGCCGGUCAUAUAUCUAUGAAAUAUGGUUUCAUGGGCCCAAAUCAUUCCGCAACAACAGCUUGUACCACCGGCGCACACUCCGUCGGCGACGCAGCCCGCUUCAUCGCCUGCGGAGACGCAGACGUGAUGGUAGCCGGAGGCGCUGAAUCAUGCAUCCACCCUCUCGCCAUCGGAGGAUUCGCCCGGGCCCGAAGUCUCGCAACUGACUUCAAUGAUAAUCCAGAAAAAGCAUCCAGACCCUUCGAUGCAGACCGUAAAGGUUUCGUCGUUGGCGAGGGUGCUGCCGUGCUCAUUCUUGAAGAGCUCGAACACGCUCGCUCCCGCGGUGCAAGAAUCUACGCCGAAAUCAAAGGCUACGGCUGCUCCAGCGACUCGCACCACAUGACAGCACCCAAAGAAAAUGGCGAAGGCGCAUACAUGGCGAUGAAGAAGGCGCUGAAACAAGCCCAACUCCCGCCCUCUGCGGUGGAUUACGUCAACGCACAUGCGACUUCUACAAUUUUGGGCGAUUCUGCUGAGAAUGCUGCUAUCAAGUCGCUCCUCCUAGGUCCAGGAGGUAAGCAGAAGGCGGAGGAUGUGAAUAUUAGCAGUACCAAAGGUGCUGUGGGGCAUCUUCUCGGUGGUGCGGGCGCUAUCGAGGCUGCUUUUAGUGUGCUUGCUAUUCAAAAUAAUGUCAUGCCGCCCACUAUCAACCUGGAUCGAUUGGCGAAUGGGUUUGACUGCAACUAUGCGGCUAAUGAGGCCCAGUCGAGGAAGAUUGAUGUGGUUUUGACGAAUAGUUUUGGAUUUGGCGGGACUAAUAGUACACUUGCGCUCAUCAUGACGACCAACGGCGACUCCAGUCGAGCCUCGGGCAAUUUGGUCGAGGCGUCGGGCUAUAAGUUUACGGAGAAGGAUACCAAACCCGGCAAGAUGAAGGUAAAGAAGACAUCUAAGGGUUCGACGAAGAAGAAGGCAGAUGCAAGGAUGGACCCCUCGAUACCUCGCCUACUUCCUCCCCACUGCCCAAAUUGGAUGAUAAGAUCGCCGCUUCUUUCCCGACGGGCAAACCGCGCGAUCAUGACUUGCUGGAGACGUCUGAGUGCACCGGAGCACAUUCGUGGCUGCCUGAAGGCAAAGCAGGAGAAAGCGCGCAAGAAGAAAGAGGCACGCGAUGCGGCGAAUCGGGCUAAGGCCGGCGAUGUGGGUGAUAUCGACGAGAAGGAUGGGCCGGAGGAUUCGAUGAAAGGCCAGAAGAGUGCGAAGAAGAGUGCUGUCAAGGGCACCGAAGAUGGGACGAAAAAGGGAAAGAAGCGCAAGGCGGAUGAAGAUGAUACCAAGCCCAAGAAAAAGAAGAAGGAUGAACCCAAGGCGAAGACGGCUAAGCCUAAGGGGCCUGUUGAUGUCGAGAAGCAGUGCGGUGUCACAUUGCCUAAUGGUGCUCAGUGCGCGCGCUCGUUGACUUGUAAGAGUCACUCGAUGGGCGCGAAGCGUGCCGUGCCGGGUCGGUCUUUACCGUAUGAUAUGCUGCUCCAGCAAUAUCAGAAAAAGAACCAGGCUCGACAGCAGAAGGCUGCCAUCGACGCCAAUGCCCCGCUGCAGGAAGACUUGGAAACUAGCGGGCCCGUCGAUUCUGACGAAGAACGAGAUUCCGUCAUGGCAGCUAUUGCGCGAUCCGCGCCCAAACCCAUCGCUGAACAUACCCUCAUCACUUCCAAGACCAAGUACAGAUACGUUCGGAUCAAAGAGCAGAUGCAACACGCCAUCGGUGGUCGAGGUGGCGGCUCUCUCUUUUCAACCGACGACAGCCAGCCAUCGUCGCUAUUCGGUGGCGGGAAUCUGUUCUCGCCAUUCGAUAGUGCCGUCGAUACCACCUCAUCCCCCGUCAUCGGGUCCAUAGACCCAAAUGAUCAAGCGGCUGCCCGCAAGACCCCAGUGGCAGCGGCUUGA